AGGUGCACCAUUUAUGAAGCAGAUCAGCAAGAUGAAACAACGACUGAUCGAGGCUGGACUCCUGAGCCUAUGGUUGGAUGAUGUCCUAAAGAAUGAGUUUAAACAGAACAACACAGAAGAAGAAGGGAAGGAGCAGCCACUGUACACUGAGCAAGAGAGCGGUCAAGUGGUGCUGACGUUGGACCACCUUCAGGGAGCCUUCUACCUGUCGCUACUUGGAUGUUGCCUCGCCUUCGGUACCUUCCUUAUUGAAAUCUUCUUCCACUAUUAUCAUAUACAAGAUCAAGAUUUGGCUACCACUGCUCGACAUAACAUUAUGUAAUAUUGAUCAGUUACUAUUAAUGAUACUGGAUAUACAAAGAACCUUUUUGGAUGUUUAAACUUGGCGAAAAAACAUAGCUAUUAUAUUACUAUUCUGGACAUCAAGGUGUCCGAACAACGUUCAACAGGCUGGCCAGAAAGUUCUAUUGGCCAGGUAUGAGGAGAGAUGUCACUAAAUAUUGU